CAUCAAAUUUCGAUACAGAAGGAGAGAGAUCCACGUCAGAUAUGAUAUUAACGAGUCGGAGUUUCGAAUCUCCGAAAAACGACUACGAUGACAACAACAGCAACAACAACAACAAUCCCAGUUACGCCAUCACCACAACUGUGGCCGCCACCACCACCACCACCGCCAACAACAACAACAACAGCAAUAACAAAAACAAUGUAAGCAACAACAACAACAACAACAAUAGCAUUAGAAACAGUCGAAGUAAGUCGUCGAUUCGACGACAGCUACGACGCCAACAGAGUUCAAAUGAAGUCAGCAAGUCUACCCACCCCGGGUAUACAAUCCGGGUGGAAGGUACAUAUUCGGAGGCAGGCAACGUGAAAGCAACUCAAGGCACCCUUUACAGAAUCAAAAGAGCAUUGAUGUUAGGUGCUUCAGCUAUCAUCUUAAUGACCCUAAACCCACAGAUUCUGAAGGAGUUGGACGUUUCCCAAAUCUUCUUCCAUCCGAUUAUAAUCCUGGAUGUCAUGGACAAUGUCACAAACCUCUUUUUGGAUCAGGGACAGAAGCUGAAAGCCAAAGUGAAAAUAAUGUUCAAUGGAUCAAACUUCGAUCUUCAGAAAUCCACAAAAGUCACCCUCUGGUCCACCUGUGGUAGAUCAAGCUGCUGGAGUUACCCGACAUUAAACUGUGUUGUCUGUCUUUCCAACAUUCACAAAAAUAGCAAGGCUGACCCUGGAAACUUUUGGAAUUUCUUCUACUGUGGUUUGUUGAGUCUGAUGAUGUUGUUUGUGUUAAAAACUCGACGGAGAAACUGUGAUUACGAACUAGAUGUGGCCACCUACCAGCUGGCAUCCAGAGUUCUAAACCUGAUAGGGACACAGUCAUACCAGCAACCUUUAGCUUACGGUGAAUACUACCAAGACACUUGUGCCAUCUGCCUUGAUCAUUUCUCUCAGAAACAGAACCUCCGUGUCCUGCCCUGCUACCAUGCCUACCACAGUGAAUGUGUCGAUCCAUGGAUCGUCAAAAACCACACCUGCCCUCUUUGUAAACUGAACAUUGUCGAAAAAGUGUGUAGUGACAACUGCAUUCAGGAGUACAGCGCUUGAAACUGUUAACGACCGUAUGACAUCUGUUCCCAGGAGUUUUACUGUGCCCAGGACAAACAAAACUGCACCCAGGAAUAACCGGGACACGCUCUUUGACUAACUGUGAAAACCUUAAAUACACCACUGCACCUGGAUCACCGCCACCAUCACCAUCACUACCACCACCACCACUACCACUAGUGCUGCCACUACCACCUCCACCACAUGUCAAUGACAGAGCUGCUGGUGGUGAUGGUAGUGGUGGUGGCAGCGGUGGUGGUGUUAUUGAUAGUGAUGGCGUUGUGGGUUAAUGGAAAUAAAAAAAUAGGACGACGAGGAUCUUUUCUUAAAAAUCGAUAUUUGUUUCGGGUGUUAUUAUUAAUAUUAUAUUUUGUCUGUGGUGUUUUUUUUUUUAGGGGAUGGGGAGGGAGGUGGGGGCAUCCUGCCAAAUGAAAUUUGCAAAAAAAAAGAUAUGGGAAAAAAAAAAAACAAAACAAGAAAUUCAAAAAUAAAAUAAAAUAAAUUUGAAACAAAAGAAGGAAAACAAAAAGACUGUCCCAAACUGCCAAAA